GGAUUAUUUGGAAAAGCCACAAGUUGCUAGUGUACACUACAGUUCAACACGCCUCCUUACAGCUGGAUGUAUCUUCGUCUCCAGGAAAUUACUCGAAACAUCAGCUGUGAAAAUGGCUUUAACGUUAUCCAGUUAAUCAUUCACGAUUUUCAGACGUGUCGUUUGGAAAAGUCGCAUGGUAUUCGCAUCAGAAUGAGAUUUUUGUGAGUGAGACUGAUCGCUGGUGAGCUCUAGGCCCUUCAGUGAUGCCUCGGACCGUCGUGAGAUCCUGAGCCGACCAGAGCUCCGCUUCACACAGCUGGAGGCUCGACAUAGUCCAGGAAGAGAGAGACCUGGUCACUGAGUUUAUGAACAGUCUGGAGAGAGACAGGAAAUCAUGCUUCCACCAUCAAGAAGGGAAUUUGUAUCUCUGACUCUCAGUGAAAGCGGUAGCUACACCAACAGCAAGCAGUGGCGCCGACAGUCCUGCUGGAGGAAAUGGAAACAGUUGUCCAGAUUGCAGCGCAGCCUGAUUCUGCUUACAUUGAUGCUGUUGUUGGUUUGUGGAAUCGUUACUUCUCCCACUCUCAUAGGACACUGGAGAGGUGGUGCAUUUGGGGGGAACAGGGAUGAUGGGAAACAGUCAUUUGUUGUUGACCUGAAAAAUGAGUACAGGUCCAUUCUUCCUGAGCCGCCCUCUGAGAGAAAGGACUACCGUAGACGUGGACCUCCUGUCUUGCAGAACCGUUUGCAAUCCAAAACGAAUGUGUCUGGUCUGUGGAGAGAAGAAAAUCAUGGACUGGACCUAAAGAAUGCAGAUAAAGGAUCUGAGGGAGGAAAGCCAAUCAUUAGUUGGCGUGGAGCUGUGAUAGUAGAAGAACAGGCCUCUGAUACUGACACCAAAGACACAGAAAACCGAGACGACCCAGCUUCAUUAGCACUUGCUGAGAGCAGACUAGAGGCUGUGAGAGAAGCUUUUAGACAUGCCUGGAAGGGCUACAAGGACUAUGCUUGGGGUCACGAUGAGCUCAAACCCAUCUCUAAAUCAUAUGGAGAGUGGUUUGGACUUGGGCUGACCCUAAUUGAUGCUCUGGAUACCAUGUGGAUCCUGGGUCUCAAAGAGGAGUUUGCAGAGGCCAGGGAGUGGGUGGCCAAAGAGCUCUCCUUUGAUAAAAACGUGGAUGUUAAUCUUUUUGAGAGCACCAUUCGUAUCCUGGGGGGCCUUCUGAGUACUUAUCAUCUGACCAGAGACUCCAUGUUCCUGGAUAAAGCUAAAGAUAUUGGCUCCAGACUGAUGCCCGCCUUCAACACUGCCUCUAAAAUCCCCUAUUCUGAUGUGAAUAUUGGGAAGGGAACGGCUCAUCCUCCGCGAUGGACUUCAGACAGCACCGUAGCUGAGGUCACUAGCAUUCAGCUGGAGUUCAGAGAGCUCAGCCGACUCACUGGAGACCCCAAAUACAAGUUGGCUGUGAUGGAGGUGAUGAAGCAGGUGCAUAAACUGGACGGAAAGCAAGAUGGGCUGGUGCCGAUGUUUAUAAAUACCAACAACGGGCUGUUCAGCCAUCAGGGCAUUUACACGCUGGGUGCCAGGGCUGACAGCUACUAUGAGUAUCUGCUGAAGCAGUGGAUACAGGGAGGCAAGACAGAGAACGAAUUGCUGGAUGACUACCUGCAGGCCGUGGAAGGGGUGAAGAAGAACCUGGUGAAGAAGUCUACUCCUCUAGACCUUACAUUUGUAGGAGAGUUGUCCCAUGGACACUUCAGUCCCAAAAUGGACCAUUUGGUAUGUUUUUUGCCUGGCACACUGGCACUGGGGGCACAUUACGGCCUUCCUGCUGAUCAUAUGGAGCUGGCAAAACAGUUGAUUGAGACCUGCUACCAGAUGUAUGCCCAGAUGGAGACGGGUCUGAGCCCGGAGAUAGUUCAUUUCAACAUGCAUGAGGGCAGCACAAAGGAUGUAGAUGUAAAGAUUGCUGACCGGCACAACCUUCUGCGGCCAGAGACCGUGGAAAGCCUCUUCUACUUGUACAGAUUUACCAAGGAUAAGAAGUACCAGCAGUGGGGCUGGGAGAUCCUACAGAACUUCAAUAAGUACACAAGGGUUCCCACUGGAGGUUAUACGUCCAUAAACAACGUCUGUGACCCGGCCUAUCCCAGCCCUCGAGACAAGAUGGAGAGCUUCUUCCUGGGUGAGACGCUCAAAUACUUCUACCUGCUGUUUUCUGAGGACCCCAACCUUAUCAGCUUAGACAAGUACGUCUUCAACACUGAGGCCCAUCCUCUGCCCAUAUGGCCACAAGCAGAGUGAUGGACCCAUAAGCACACAUGCGUUACCAAAAACACCUCUCUCAGGGCCGUGAACACAUUUGAUAUCCAAACUGCCAUCUUUUUCUACACUAGGAACUCUUUUUGUAAUUGAAAGUCACUAACUGGUGAAAUAAUUACAAGAGCCAUGACAAAAAUCUGUUUGUAGAUGCGUAGUUUCUAAGUGUACCAGUGAUCUGGAUGUUUCUAUUAAUAGAGUUUCUCUAUUUAUGCUUCUAUGCUGCUGUCGAUCAGCUAGGCUGCUGAUUUAGCCCACUGAAACAGUAUGUGCAGUCUCUUUGCCCAAGCACACAGACAAAAAAAAACAUACUGUGAAACCUUAUGGGGACUGCAAGCACUUUAUGGUGUGUUUUUGGGGUUUUAGUGUGAGUGUAUAUUUUCUUUUAAUGAAAGAACCACGGCUGUUUUGUUGUGGGGAUUUAGGGAGUCUUUCACCAUUAUCUAAAGGUCUAUUUAGCUUUGUAAAUUUGUUUUUCUUUGCAUCAUAAUUAUUUACAUGGUUUUAUUUGGUUUCCAGAGCAUUUGGAACAUGUAGUUACACUUUACAAUAAGGUUUCAUUCGUUAACAUUAGUUAAAAGCAUCAACUAACAUGAACUAACAAUGAGCAGUAUAUUUUUGCAGCAUGUAUUAACCUUUAAUGUUAGUUAAUAAAAAUGUACAUUCAUGUUAGUUCACCGUGCAUUAACUAAUAUUAACAGAUACAACUUUUGAUCUUGAAAAUUGAUGUUGAGAUUAACAUUAAGAUUAGUAAAUGCUGUAGAAGUAUUCUACAUCGUUAGUUUUUGUUAAUGUAGUUAACUAAUGUUAACAAAUUGAACCUUAUUGUAAAGUGCUACCAAAAAUGUAGAGUUAUCAGACAACAUUGUAUAAAUUUUAUCUUGUGAUAAAGCACAUGCAAGGGGAAACAUUUGUGUUUUUAUUAAUUAUUUUGAAUAUUUCUCUUUUGUUUUGAGCCUAAAACCCCAACCUUGCUGUAAAGGAUUUUAAUGCCAUCCCUGUGAAUAGGAGAAAUGUAAAUUUUUGUGCUGAGUUUGGUGUUAGUUAGUGGGUUUAUUAUUUUAUAUAUAUUAAAAAUCUCCUUUUGAUGUUAAAUCUCGUUAGCCGGUGGUCAUAUGAACCAUUAUUAUUAUUAUUAUUAGAUUUUUAUUCAGUUUUGUCCCGUUUUGUUGUGGUUGCAGAAGUAUUUAAGUGGAACAUUAAUCAAGCACAGUGUUUUGUUUUUUAAAAAUAAGGGUCUGUAAUAUAUUAUGGCACAUGUAUUUAUCUCACUCUUUCACUGGACCAACAUCAGACUGAGAUUGUGUCAUUAGUAUUUCAUUUGGUCUUGGAACAUAUGUGUAUGUUCUUAAAACUUUAAAGAAUCUUCAAAAUUCCAAAUGUUUUCAUGCAGGAAAAAAAUGGAAUGUUUAAUUAAUCAUUCUUCACAACUGAUUGCAGAUGAGUUUGUGGCCUGAGCUUAAAAUAGAAUAGAAUGUAUAGGAUGUCUUAAUGUUACUGAUAACAAGCAGGGAUACCAACUUUUUGACCAUCAAAGAAUAGACCUGCUGUUUACACAGAUAACAAAUGUAUUAUGUGCAAUGUAUUUGAAAAGCUGGUUGAACAUUACGUCUCACUGUGCAGAAUCUUACAGUAAUAUUAUCCAGAGUUUUGUUUUGGUAGUGUGCAGAAUCUUACAGUAAUAUUAUCCAGAGUUUUGUUUUGGUAGUGUGUAUAUUACAGCCAUUGCAGAUGUUCAUCAAGGGCUGGUUUCUCGAUGUUGUGCCGUGGUGAGGUGUUUGUUCUGUUCCGCGUGUGCCUUUACAUACAGAGCAAUGAUGACAAAUAGACAAUAUUUUCAAUCCUGAGAAUCAAGUUUUUAUGAGAAAUCAAUCUAUUUUAAUCAUUUCAUUCCUUUUGUGAAACUAUGAUUCCUUUUUUUUGUGAAUAAAUACUUUUGUGAUUAUUUAUAAUAUAGUGUGUAAGCGUUAAAUUAACUUGCUAUCUGUAUGCCAUUUCUGGGUAUUUUUUCCCUCAUUGUGUGAGAAAUUGAAGACCGCUAGCUUGUGUAUCUCAGAUUUAAAAUGAAGGGCUUUUCAUGCUUCACUCUUAAUUGUUGUGCAAAUGUCUUAAAUUAUCAUCUGCCUCAUGCAUAUUGACAAAUCAACAUAGUUCUGAAUCAUUCAUACACCAAAGAUGUGCCAUAAAUUACAAAGAAUAUUCUAAAACGGGGGCAAUAAUAAUGUGGUAUAGCUGUAUAUAGGCCUUUGAAUUUACUUUGAAGUACCCCAACUCAAUCUGGCAAUUUGUAAAUUAUGAGUUAGACAUAAGAGUGAGCUUGUACAUAAUGAAAAUGUUGUUUUUUAAUAGACAAAUUCAUAUCUUUUUAAUGUCCAUUUCUGUGGAAAAUAAAUGGAUUUAUUCAAUAUUUUACAAGUUUACAAAUGUUGAAAUAAAUUGUACAUAAAAAUAA